UUAGGGUUAAAUUGACCUCUACACAUUAAAAGGUGAUUUGCAGGACAAUGGGAGAUUUUAUGAAGGUGAGAAAUAAAGAUAAAGAAGGGGUUCAGUACACCAGCAACUGCCAGGAUCAGGGGUUCCUUGGAGUAGCAUUAAAGACUUAUACAGUACCAAAAUAAAUUUUCUUCUUUUUCUAGUGGGGAAGAAGAAACAAAAAGAAAGUAGAUUUAUCAUUUAUAAGCUGAAAAAAAAAAAGCUUUGAUUGGUGUAGUUGGGGAAAAAAAUCAUGGGUUUUGGUUUUCAGAUUCUUCACAUGAUUUUCAUCAUACUCAUAUUGCAAAGCUCUUACAUUUUGAUUGCUGAUGCUUUAAUGGAGUAUACAGCAGAGGGGUUCAGAGUUGAUGGGGUACAACAAUUGUAUUUCAUGGAGGGAAGUGGGGGCAAUGAGAACAAGAUUGAGAAAGUUUCAGGACAGGAUGAUAAUGAAGUAAAAAUAGCUUCAAUUGUGCUAAAGUUUAGAGCUUUACUUGGACUGAAAAGCAGUACCAAAACAAGAACUCCAUUAAAGGGUGUUAAUGGAUGUUGUUACUCACCAUCUCCUUCUCCAUUACCAAACAUUGAAGCUGAGGUUUCAGUUCCAGUUCCAGCACCAGCGCCAGCAGUGCCAAAGGUUUCCCAUUUCCAUUCUCCACCGCCUUGGUCAAGUUCCAAGCCUCAACCUUACAAAGUUCAUGAACAAAAUGGAGAUGAAGGAAGAGUUAAAAGGAUUCUGGUACCAGUCCUUGUGUCUGCAGGUGCUGUUUCUUUAGCUUGUGUUCUUGGGGUAAUCUGUUUUUGUGGCAAAAUCAGGAAGUACAAAAGGAAAUCAAUGAAAACAGGAAGAAUCAGAGGGAAAUCUAAGUGUUUGAGUUCACAAAAUUCAUCAAACAAGGUGAGUUUAGAUCCGAGCAUUGAUCUUUUUUAUCUUAAUUCCUUGGGAGUGAGCUUAGAGCAGCAACAAGCUUGUUUGAAAACAUCACCAAAUCAUAGCAAAAACUGUUCAACAAGGGAAAUUACAUCAGUCCAUGAAGAUGUAGAAUCAGGAAGAUAUGAUUCUGAUCGUGGGAAAAGCUCAGUUUCUGACAAAAUAAUUCCCAUGGAAUGUCAUUCAUCUGAUGAUGAAUCUUUUCAUUCCUUUGUUGAUUCCCAUUCACCAAAUGCUAGGCUUUCCAAUGCUUCAGCUGGUAGUCUUAAUGAUACAUCAGACAUUCCCAUGGAUGUAUCAAAGAAAUCUCCAUCGCCGCAGCAUUCCACGCCCCCACCGCCACGACCACCGCCACCGCCUCCUCUCCCUCCGGUUGCGCGUGUUGCUCCUUUAAGUUUUGCCUCAUCAGCAACAACUAGAGCAACAAUGAGAACUUCAAGUUCAAGUUCUUCAACAUUGCUCAAUGAAACACCUUCUAGGAAUUCAGAUUCUUCAUUAGGACUAAACCAAAACGAAGCUAACUUGGCUGACACCUCGUUUUCACCUAGAAUACCUUCUACUGUUUCACCAAGUCCACCUAGUGCCAUUCCUCCACCACCGUGUCCACCUCCCUUUCUGAAAAGUCCACCUCCUCCACCACCCCAACUUCCACAGUACUCACCAAUAGGCAAAGAUGGUGUUCCAUUGCCAAAAUUGAAGCCACUUCAUUGGGACAAAGUGAGAGCUGCACCAGACAGGUCUAUGGUAUGGGACAAGCUGAGGUCAAGCUCAUUCGAAUUGGAUGAGGAAAUGAUGGAGUCACUUUUCGGAUACAACAUUCAAAAUCCAAUGAAGAAUGAUGAAACAAAAAGCAAAACCCCUUCUCCAAGUAAGCAUGUACUUGAGCCCAAGAGAUUGCAGAACAUUACCAUUCUCUUAAAAGCACUGAAUGUAACAGCUGAGCAAGCUUGCAAUGCAUUGAUGAAAGGAAAUGGAUUGUUUUUACAACAAUUAGAAGCAUUAGUGAAAAUGGUACCCACCAAGGAAGAAGAGACUAAGCUUUAUGGCUACAAAGGAGAUGUCAAUGAGUUGGGGUCUGCUGAGAAGUUUGUUAAAGUGCUUUUAAGUGUUCCGUUUGCCUUUUUACGUGCCGAAGCUAUGCUUUACCGAGAAACUUUCGAUGACGAGGUUAUUCAUCUUAAAAGCUCUUUUUCAAUGCUGGAGGAAGCCUGCAAGGAACUCAGAUCAAGCAGACUCUUCUUAAAGUUACUUGAAGCUGUACUCAAAACUGGCAAUCGAAUGAACGUUGGGACAAUCCGAGGAGGCGCUAGAGCGUUCAAGCUUGAUGCCCUCCUUAAGCUUGCUGAUGUGAAAGGAACUGAUGGGAAGACUACUUUGCUCCAUUUUGUUGUCCAAGAGAUUGUUCGUUCGGAAGGAAUAAGAGUCUCAGAUAGCAUUAUGGGGAAGAUCAACCAGCGAAACAAAACCAGAACAGCUGAAGAAAAAGAAGAAGAUUACAGAAGAAUGGGACUAGACCUUGUUUCGGGUUUAAGUACCGAACUUUACCAUGUCAAGAAGACAGCAACACUUGACCUCGAUGUUCUUGCAAGUUCUGUCUCAAACCUAUCGGAUGGCAAGGCCAAACUGCAACAUCUAGUUCGAGAAGAGCUAUCAACAGACGAAAAAAGCGGGAAUUUCGUUCGUUCGAUGAACUCCUUCCUGGAUUAUGCAGAGAAGAAUCUAAAGGAGCUGGAAGAAGAUGAACAUAAAGUCCUUUUACAUGUUAGAGAAAUUACAGAAUAUUUCCAUGGAGAUGUGAGCAAAGUAGAUGAAGCAAAUCCGCUAAGGAUAUUCGUGAUCGUAAGAGACUUUCUGGGAAUGUUGGAUCAUGUUUGUAAAGAGCUUAGGAACUUGAAAGUCCCAAGUAGUCCUAGCCCUCUGGCUCCAUUUCGAUAGAGUAGAAUGUGUUUACUUGUGUGUUAAUAAAAUUUUUGUAAUCCCAAACAUUGAUCAGUGAGGCUUUCGUGUUACAAA